AUGACACCGGAAGAUGAUGCAUGGGCUCAAACCCUUAUCACGGUAACUCCAGAAGACGAUGCAACAUUAAGAGAAAUUUCGGACACAGUUACAUUGUCUUCAACACAAGACACAUCUUUGAUCCUUGAUCCUGAUCAAAUUGUAUAUAGACGGUCGUUUACUCACAGACAAUUUUUAGAUUCUAAAGAAACAGAGGAAGACGAUGAAGGAAAAGUAGAAGAAGAAGAAGAAAGCCAGCAAAAAGUGGAGGAGCCAGAAGAAAUCUCUAAACAAGAUGCAGAAAGUCAGACAUAUUUACAAGGAACACCAACUGUUCAUAUUUCUGUCGAAUACCGGUAUGGUAUUGAUGAAAGUUCGCAAACGAUGUAUAUGAGCACACCAUGUCCUCCUUUAAAAUAUUUCAAGGAUAUCAUGACGUCUAUGAAUGAAGGUCCCAUGCCCAACUUAAAGUAUAGUAAUGUGGCAGCAACUAUUAUUAGCUUCCAUCCCGAUACAUCGCAGAGCGUUGUGAUAGAACAACUGUCCAUGGACGUCACGGAAGAAGAACGUGAAGAAUUCGAGUCUAAACUUAGCAGCGAAGAAGAAACACAAAUGGAUGUCACUGAAAUUUUAUACUUUGUAAUAGCGCGUGCAUUUUGGAUAAACGAUCCAACGAGUCAAGUACCAGUUGAAACGCUUGAUGAAGCGACAGAAACGUACAUCAAGUAUAACAAUCGCACGCAAACUUUCAUCAUAGAUAAUGACACGCAAACUGAUCUGUCUUGCGAACCGAAACAAUCUAAUACGAUGCUGUUAACAGAGUAUUUGGAGAUAAAGAAGAUGAUUUUAGAUUGUAUAGAACUGUGUAUAUCUCGAGGAAUAGAAACUAUAAUUGUAGUAGACGAUAUAAUAAAUGAAAUUAUCGAUAAAUGUGCUGAAAGAAUAAGAUAUCCCAUGAAGGAGCAAAUGAUACAAACAAUAGCAACAUACAGGCUACGUGGAGAAAAAGAAGAAGACGUGUUGAGAAAACUGAGACUUGAACAAAUAGUAGAUCCUUUAGAAGCAUCGAUUAUUGUCUUGCCAUUAGUGAAUGAUUUAUUGCAAUACAGCUCCGAUGUUGUGUCUAAAAAUGCUGUUAUAGUUGUUACAAUCAUUUUAGACCGGAUCCUUCAGCGCACAAUGGCUAUAAUUAUAAAACUUAUGGAAUUGCAAAAGCAAUCAGAACCUAAACCAAUAAAUCAAAUAUUGGAGAAAAGGAAGAAAAAAAUUCUUGAUUUGAUGUCGAAAAAAGAAACGGAAACAAUUUCUACACAGACAAGUAUAGCUGGAAUAUCUGAAGUUAAGAAAAUGAAGAAAUCCAAAGAAGUUCUAUGUUCCGUUUGUAGAAGGCAAUCACUGUGCCAAUGGUGCUUAAAUGAUCAGGAAACUGAAACCGGCCCACAAGAAGAAAUGAAAAUACUUCGCACGGAAGAUAUACUACUGGCAUAUAAACCCUGUUACAUUGUAACCAAAGUUUCAGAAAAAGAUAAAAAUCUUGAAAAACCUUGUGCAGAAAUAAAAGUUAAAUCUCCUUCAAGACCUCCAGUUUGUUCUGAAGUAGAUUCAUGUCGAGCAUCUAGUAAUACACUCCAUAUACUUUUGCAUGCUGAAAGGAACAUUGAGCCUGAAGAAUCCUUUAACGAAUGGUCUUAUGUUACCGAUGAUAUAUUGAUGAAACCAUGUUCGAUAAGAGAAUCUAUAAGUAGUUCAAGUCAAACAACCAUAAGUUUUCUAGAUCAGUCAAUUCGUCAAGAUACUUCUGGUCGUCAUAAGACAUUAACUUCUAAAGCAGCAAAUGCUUUACAGAUAUUAAAAGAAACAUUUUGUAACCAAGAAAAUUGCGCUACUUCACUUCUGCAGACUUCUAAGGAAAAUGAAGAAACACAUACUAAAUUAACUUGUGGCACAUGCUUAAGUAUAAAUACCAUGAAUAAUAAAUUGUUUAAACAAGAAACCUUGUGCGCACAACAAUCCUGUAAUGAUCUCUCGAAGUUACACUUGCCCAAUACGUGCACUUGCAGCAAUAACGCUUCUUCUCAUAUCCCUAUGAAAUCACACGGAGAUGGUUUUAAAAUUAUUCCCAUAUACCUCUCUCAAAAUUCUAAUACUUAG